GUGUCCCCAUGCGCAUGCGCGACGUGCGAGAUCCAGUGCUGCGGCAGUUCAGUUGUGCGGUUUCUUUUGGGCGAGAGCGAGUGAGAACGGCGCGCGCGGAGAGUGGCCAUUGCAAAAUAAAAAUGACAACCUCAUGGAGUGACCGAUUACAAAAUGCAGCCGAUCUUCCUGCAAAUAUGGACGGGCAUGCUAUGAAGAAGUAUCGUCGAGAAGCAUAUCACCGGGUUUUUGUGAACAGAAGUCUAGCCAUGGAAAAAAUAAAAUGCUUUGGAUUUGAUAUGGAUUAUACAUUAGCCGUGUAUAAGUCCCCAGAGUAUGAGUCCCUUGGGUUUGACCUGACAGUUGAACGGUUAGUUUCAAUCGGAUACCCUCAAGAGCUGCUUAAUUUUGUCUAUGAUCCUACAUUCCCUACCAGAGGCCUGGUAUUUGAUUCCCUUUAUGGAAAUCUGCUGAAAGUUGAUGCCUAUGGAAACAUCUUAGUGUGUGCACAUGGCUUUAACUUCAUGAGGGGGCCAGAGAUACGAGAGCAGUACCCUAAUAAAUUCAUCCAGAGGGAUGACACUGACAGGUUUUACAUUUUAAACACACUGUUCAACCUACCAGAGACCUACCUGUUGGCCUGUCUCGUUGAUUUUUUUACUACCUGUGACAGGUAUUCAAGCUGUGAAACAGGGUUUAAAGAUGGAGACCUCUUCAUGUCCUUCAGAAGUAUGUUCCAGGAUGUAAGAGAUGCUGUGGAUUGGGUUCAUUAUAAGGGAUCCCUCAAGGAGAAGACAGUUGAGAAUCUGGAAAAGUAUGUGGUGAAAGAUGGAAAGCUACCUCUGCUGUUGAGCCGCAUGAAUGAGGUGGGAAAGGUGUUUCUUGCUACAAACAGUGAUUAUAAAUACACUGAUAAAAUUAUGAAGUACCUGUUUGAUUUUCCACAUGGACCAAAGCCUAGCAGCUCUCAUCGGCCAUGGCAAUCAUACUUUGACCUCAUCCUUGUGGACGCACGCAAACCUCUUUUCUUUGGGGAAGGCACAGUCUUGAGGCAAGUGGAUACGGUUACUGGCAAACUGAAGAUUGGUACCUACACAGGCCCCUUGCAGCAUGGCAUUGUCUAUUCUGGAGGCUCUUCUGAUACAAUCUGUGAUCUCUUGGGGGCCAAGGGCAAAGACAUCUUAUAUAUAGGUGACCACAUCUUUGGAGACAUUCUGAAGUCCAAAAAACGUCAGGGUUGGAGGACUUUCUUGGUGAUUCCAGAACUGGCACAGGAGCUUCAUGUCUGGACAGACAAAAGCUGCCUUUUUGAAGAACUUCAGAGUCUAGACAUCUUCUUGGCUGAGCUAUAUAAGCAUUUGGACAGUAGCAGCAAUGAGCGUCCUGACAUCAGUUCCAUCCAGAGGCGCAUUAAGAAAGUGACUCACGACAUGGACAUGUGCUAUGGGAUGAUGGGAAGCCUGUUCCGAAGCGGCUCCCGACAAACUCUCUUUGCCAGUCAGGUGAUGCGCUAUGCAGACCUCUACGCAGCAUCUUUCAUCAACCUCCUGUAUUAUCCCUUCAGUUACCUCUUCAGAGCUGCCCACGUGCUGAUGCCACAUGAGUCAACAGUGGAGCACACCCAUGUGGAUAUCAAUGAAACUGAGUCACCCAUGGCUACCCGUAACCGCACUUCCGUGGACUUCAAAGAUUCCGACAAACGACACCAGCUGACCCGAUCUGUUAGUGAAAUUAAACCACCCAACCUAUUCCCUCAAACUCCCCAAGAGAUCACACAUUGCCAUGAUGAGGAUGAUGAUGAAGAAGAGGAGGAGGAGGAGGAAGAGGAGGAAGAGGAAGAAGAAUAGAAAUGUCAACAGCUCUUUACAUAAAACGUGGCUGCAGCAAUGAUUGGCAGGAACAGAUUCCCACUUCAGAGUCCUGGGGUUGGGGGUAACAACAAAAUUAACACUAAUCAGGAGCCCUUUGUUCUUAGCAAGCUUAUACUUUGCAGCCCCAUUCCUAAUGUAAAGGAUUUUGCAUUGGAUGAGGUAAGACCAGAUAUAGAUGCCUAACUGCAUUGCUCCAGAUGCAGAACAUGGGAGGGAGGGGCUGCUUGUGUGGUGUUUGUUCCUCUUACAGGUGCAUUUCAUUAAAACUGCCUCCCAGUGAUGGUUUGGAAUUGGUGUGGUAAAGCUGCCAUAGGUCUUGCAGCAAUCACAAGGGCCCAGUACCAGUGCAUCAUACCUGGUACUCUUGACACCUUUGGGGGCAAAGAUGUAUCCCAAUGAGUCAUACUGUAUGCAUGGAAAUGGCAGUACUUCCAGCGCUGCAUCUAGCCAUCAAGCACAAAUUUGUUUUUUGAAAUGGUUUAACCCUCUAAUCUCUGCUCUCUUUCUGUAUUUGAUUUAAGAAAGGCUAUCAUGCCAUCUAUUCUUGGUUUGUCUGAUAGCUAGUUUUCUAUUGCUGAGAUUCCAAAGCUUUUUAUAGUCUCUAUUCUUCGCAUGUGGUGCAUGUGUUCUAGGAUCUUCUAAAACAGGUACUUAUGCUGUAUGUUUGCUCUCUGCCCUGAACUUCACUAACAAGAUUCUUUAACAGAUUUUUUUUUUGCUGUAUCUGAUGAGCAAGGGAAAGAAGGGAGUUAUUUUUUAUGUAUUUACGUAGCUUUCGGGGGUACAUCCCAGAGAGAUGAAAAAUUACAGCGACUGAAGGGGAGAGGGUUUUUUGUGCCACCUUUCCUAGUCUUAUUGCUGGUAACACUUUGGAUGCUGUGUAGGAGCAAGUAAGAUUCUGUGGUCCCACUGGUAGCCACUCUAGUCUCUCAUACAGAGUUAUUGUAGAUAGGAGUGCAUGGUCCUGGAGCCUUAACGAAGAGGAAGAAGCAGCCUUCAGCAGGAUGACCUUAUUGGGGACACUCUGUUUUACCUCCAUUCCAAGAAUGAGAAUAAAUGAAGGCCUGCUCCAUAUUAUUUGUAAAUGGCUCUAAGGGCCUGGCAUGUCACCCUGUUCAUGAGUUUAAGCUGUUAAGUUUAAAGCACAUUUUCCUCAGAAUUAUCCUGCAAUGCAGGGCAGGCUCACUUUCUUCUUCAGGUUAACAGGCGUCCUGGGGUGUAGCACAUCCCUUACCAUACUGUGCCAUUUGAAUAUAGAAGACGGAACAGAGGCCCUAUUUUAAAGUAUUAGAACUUUUAUUUUGAAUCACUUGAUUGUAAUUAAUCUUAUUCCAUUAUUAAAAGACAUUGAACUGCAAAUCAGCAGAACAAGCUGGUGCUGCUCUGAUGGAUCUGCAAAUAAAUAAAUCAUGAGGUUUCAUAAUAAUCUGUUCUGAUGUGUGUGUGAAAGGGAGGAGGUGAGGAGAAGUGGAUUUUUCAGUGUUGUAUUGCUUGGCUAAUAACAGGCUUAUGAACUAAGUGAAAGGCUGUAAUGUGAAUAAAAUAUGCUUAAAAAUCUUCUCCAAGGUAAA